AUGUGCUCCAGCUCUGGACCCAAUGCUAAGGCUUUGCAUGCCACCAGGAAGCUAUGGACAGGGUUGUUGGAUCUGGAGCCAAGUGGCAUGAUCCACAGCCAGCCACUGAGACACGCUCUUCUGUCUUUGUUGGCAGAGAACCCAGAUAUAAACCUGGGGGAACAUACUGGGCUGGUGUGGGUCAAUUUGAAGGUGGAGAGGCUGAACUGCCUCCUGGCACAUGUCAGGAAACUUGGCAAGGACAGCAAAGCUCUCAUGCCUGUGGCUGCCAAGCUCACCAGGGGCCAGUACCAUGAAUUGCUGGUGGGCUUGAAAAAGCUCAAAAUGCCUAACAAAACAGAGCUGGCCCUGGUGCCAGUGACAGCACCAAAAGAGGAGCUUGGAAAAGCCAAGCUUGGAAAAGCCAAGCCUAGCAAAGAUGCAGGGAAGCUUGGGAAAGUUGGCAAGGAGGCCCUUGGAAAAGGUAAAAGAAAGCUGGCUCCCAUAAUCAGUGAUGUGAGCUUGGACUCUGAAGGCUUCCCUGGGAUGUUCAGCAGCCCCUCCAAGAAAGCCAGAACUGCAUCUUCCUCCCAGGUGAUGUGCCUGAGGAGAGCAAGUAGCAGGUUGCAUGCAGCCAUGGGCUAUGGUUUGGAAAAGCCAAAGCCCAAGACUAAGGCAAAACCUGCCAAAAAGCCUGCCUCAUGCCUUGGAAAAGGCAAGAGCAAGCCAGGCAAGGCCCUGGCUGAUGAACCCAAAGAAAGGGAACCUUGGGUUGAUCUCAAGCAAACAGAUGCUAACAAGCCCCAGCCAAGAUCUUACCUUCAAGGUAGGGUGGAGGGUGGCAAACUGCAUCUCAUUGUUGAGGUGGCUCAGAAUAUGCCCACCCACUACCUUGCCAUUAUUGGUAAGAUCAGGUGUGCCUUGGAAAAGGGCAACCUGACAAAAGCUGAAGCCUUGGCCAUGAGGAAGGACCUCUUGGAAAAGUACAGUCCAUAG